AGUAACCUCAUGCAUACCGGUACUACGAAAGACCGUAUCCGUGGCCUAUCAUCAAGACGUGUGUAUAGAUCUUUCUUAUAUAUCUCCUUCAUUAACACAGUACAUUCAACGACAGAUGGCGGUCGACAAAUUGGGCGUUCAUAACGUUUUUUAAUACGUUGUUGGGAGAAACUACACGGCUCGCACAACGCAUCCUGACGCAGUCACAAUCUGCAAUAUCUGAUGAGCGGUGACAGAGUCGAUAACAACGGGGAACUUCGGCGACAGUAAUACACCAACAUCAGACUCGGACAUGGCGGCCGCGAGUACCGGUAGGACUCAAUCCGAGGAAAUUGAUGAUGUGAAGUUAUCACUUGAAGGCAUCAACCUUCUGCUCAACAAUGGCUUUAAAGAAGCGAUGGAAAUAUUUUCCAAAUACAGACAUUAUAGCCCUUUGAUGAGUGCAGGGUCUAGCUUUGUCAGUUUUAUGAAUGCCCUGAUGACAUACGAAGACGACAAGCUGGACGCCGCCAUGGAAGACAUCAAGGAGACGGACAAACUGUGCAAUUCCUACCAGGAUGGUUUCAUGAAGUCCCUCAAACACAGGAUCCUGAAGAAGGAUUCCUCAGAGUCCAAGCUCAGCGUCGAGGAGAGGCUCCAGAGGAGGAUCCUGUCCGCAGAUUGUCAGCUCUACAUGGCCAUGCUCAUCUUCUCAAGGAAUGAGGUCACAGGGUUCAUCAAGGGUGGAUGGUUAAUACGUAAGGGCUACAAGCUCUACGAGAAAGCCUAUCGGGACAUUGGUAAAGUCUACGAAGCCCGUGGGGAAAAGAUGGAAGAAACGCCCGUGAUGCUCGUGGAAGAUGCCUCGGCCGCCCUCGAAAUGGAGCCAAAUUCAAAUUCCAUGUCAGCCGAAAGUGCCUCCAACCACAAUAAUGAGGUCGCGACCCUUGACCUCGACGACGAUGCCUCGUUGAGCCAGAAGGACCUUGUGGCCGUGGAAGAAGAUGCCUUGGCCAGGUUGAAAGGGGGCGUGUCCUUUGGCUAUGGAGUCCUGCAGCUGGUGAUAUCCAUGAUGCCUCCGAACCUGUUGACGGUUGUCAAUCUCCUGGGCUUCCAUGGAAACAAAGAGUUUGGUCUGAAAUGCCUGGAUACGGCUAGUCACAGUACUGAUAUGAAGGCCCCCCUGGCCAUGUUAACUCUCCUGUGGUACCACACGGUAGUCCGUCCCUUCUUUGGUAUUGACAGUAAGAACAAAGCUUCCUGUAUCCAGGCAGCUCAGAAGAUCCUCGGGGAGAGGAAGGCAGCAUACCCCAACUCAGCAUUAGUGAUGUUCUAUGAAGGAAGGGUACAGAAACUUGAGGGCAACUUGGACGGUGCCUUGAAAACGUAUGAGGCUGCAUUGGAAGCCUGCUCAGAACAGAGAGAGAUUCAACUUAUAUGCCUUUAUGAGCUUGGAUGGUGUAAUCUGAUGCGGCUCAAUUGGGAAGAGAGCCUGCUGGCGUUCGCCCGGUUAAAAGAGGAGUCUAGGUGGGCUCAGAGUUACUAUGCAUACCUCACUGCAAUUUGUCAGGGAGCACUUGGUCAGGUGGAGACAGCCCAGGAGCUCUUCAGAGAAGUUCCAGGUCUUACCAAGAAGAAGAACAACCAACUGGAGUCCUUCGUCCUCCGGAAGUCCAACAAGUUUAAGAAGAAACUGCCAACCCAGGCUCAAGCUAAACUGAUGGCCAUUGAAGUGCUUUAUCUGUGGAAGGCAAUGCCUGAUUGCAACGAAGAAGCCUUGAGGCUUAUGCUUAAGGAGUGUGAUGUUGCUGAAAGUGACAAGUCUCAUAGAACCUUAAUAUCACUUCUAAAAGGUGCAAUACAUCGUUGCCUUGGAAACGUUGAGAUUGCUAUGCAGUGUUUUGAGGAUUGUAUGUCAAGGUCUUCUUCCAAAGAGCCUGAAGCCCACGCUGCCCCCUACGCCUGCUUUGAGUUAGGAGCAAUGCUAGCCGGAGGUCAAGCGACUGCAAGCAAAGGAAAGAGUCUCAUUCUAAAAGCAAAGGACGGUUACAAAGACUAUGACUUUGAGCAGAGGCUGAGUGUUAGGAUACAUGCCGCCUUACAGCAACUGAAAGGGGUCGACUAACCGACUGUCUUUCCUAGCGAACAGCACAACUACUCAUCUACAUGUAUCUGGGACAGUACCAAUUAUUUGCAUCAAGAUUAGGAUACUUGUAAGUCAGCAGUGAUCCACUGUUUUUUUUGUAAUCAGACAAGAUAUUUACUGGAAUUUUUCAUCGACUAUCAGUGGUAAUAUAUUCAGAUAUUAGUAGACCUUAUGCAUAUGACAUCAUCAUCUCAUAGCGCCCUCCCUCAGAGGAUAUAGGAAUGUGUGUAAAUGGAGUUGUCAGAGAAGGGCCAGCUUCUGAUUACCAAUACAUAAAAGGCAAUGGCUUCAGCCUCUAAGAUAGCGGCGCAGUCCAUCAAUGAAUAAGGUCUGUCUUGGUAACAGGGCACUCAAAAGAGAGGCAUCGUCUAUUGGGAAUGAAAUCAGAAUAAUAAAUGCACUUGGAUUCUGACCCGUCUUCUUGUAUAGAAGUGUGGCAGGUGCAUUGGAUAUCGAGAGUGCGAGAAGUAGCAGAUUUUAUAUUGCAUAGUCAAGAAUUGAAUAACAGAAAUAUUUCAUGAGUUGGGGAAUAUUGCACAAAUCGUCGAUGACAAUAUCGGCCCUCACAAGAGGAAUAUCUCUGAUAUCCCAUGAAGAAAAGCCAUUCAAUAAAGUGAUUAUUUUCUUAUGACCAUUAUUCGUUAGACCAUGCAAUAUGGCAUGAUAUUGCACAACAAGCUUUGUACAUGAGCCUAUGGGGAAUAUGUCAGAUUUCUGUGCAGCGUGCUAUAUGCUGUGAUAUUGCACGGGCAAAUCGUGCAGACUAAACUAUGCAAUGGGACAUUCCAAGAAACUUGCAAAAAUAAAUUUUCGAGUAAAAAAAACAAUCAUAAGUCUGGCAAGCAAUUGCAAAUUUGCACUUGAAUGCUUGGUCUCAUCUUACAAAGAGUUGCGAUUGAUCCGAUCAAUCACAGCUAUGGACGGCCAGCAAUGUCAACAUCUACUAUACAUGUUUGUUCAAAAUAUUUUCUAUCUACGAUGUAUAUUCAUGCAUUCUUUGUUUUCUUGAAAAUUCACUGUGCUUCUCUUUGUUUACAAUGAACAUUGUUCAAAUAUCCUGUAGAAAAAAUUAUGACAAUGAUGGAUUUCCAUAGUUACAAUUGAUUGGAUCAAUCGUAAGUCUUUGUAAGACUCUUUGCCCAGGGCUGCUUCUUGCAACAAGCAGUUAAAAUCAAUUUGCUCUGGUUACAAUUGAAUCGAUAUCAAUUGUAAAUUUGCAUCACAGAUUUGCAAUUGAUUGCAAAUAUUUGCUUUUUGCACCCACUAUGACAUUUUAACUGUGGAAUGUUAUUGCCAAGAAACGUACAUUCAAUGACCACCCAAGAGAGAAUUAAAAAAAAAGGUCUUUACAAUGAACAUGCUUGUGUAGCAUUCUCCCGUGGGGAAAAUAAUCAAGGAAACCAACAACCAAAAACAUUUUGGUGUGAUUUUUCUUCUAUACUAGUGGCCACUAUUAGGUUUGGUUUAUUUUGUAGUGAAACCUGGGCCCAGUAACAAAGAGUUUAGCGAUCAAUCGCUAAAUGAUAUUGCAUAUCAAGAACUGGUUGCAUGCACAUUUUGCACAGUAGAUUGACUAGGAACCAAUCAGAAUUGCUCUUUCAAAUCUUUAUCUUUGUGUUAUACUUGACGUUGAUCAGAUUGAUCGUAAGUCUUUGUAAGACAGGGUCCUAGACUACUAUCAUAUUAACUUACAUAAGUCCAUGGGCUUUGUUGGGUAAAAUGUAUCGACGGAGGGGCGUCAGCUGCCCAUUUCCAGUCACCUAGCCCGUCAG